CCUUUUGGCUGAGGUGCUUUGCCUUUGCCUUUUGGCCGAGGCACUUUGCCUUGGCCUUUUGGCUGAGACCUUUUGCUGAGGCCUUUUGCCUGAGGCACUUUGCCUGAGGCGAUUUGGCCGCGGCAUUUUUCCCGAGGGUGUUUGACUCCACCAUUCGGACGCCCUCCGUAGGCAGGCUCCCCUGUGUUCUUUGAUUCACAGGAUGGAGAAGAGACCCCACGCCUGCCCCAGGCAGGCCUGGAUGGAAGACAGCUCUUCCCAGGAGAGCCGCUCUCCAGGUCUGCAGCUUCCAUCCUCCUACGAGGUGACCAGUAUGCAGCCCCUCAAGCUCGAUGCCAGCUGGUUGCCCAUCUACAAGGAGGAGCAGGAAGCUGUUGAUUCCAUCCUGGCCUUUGUCACCAGCUCCAACAAGGAGGAGAGAGACAAGGCCACAUUUCUUCAGAGCAUCUCCGUGCUGUGCCGAAGCGCCUUGAAGCACGGCCUGACCCAGGGCCUGGAUCUGUUCUGUGACAUGUACCAGCUGGCAGAGAACAUCAAGGCGCUGCUGGAAGAAGAGCCAAGGGACCACCUGUGCACAGACCUUCGGCAUCUUUCCAUGCUGGCUCUGGAGAAAUUGAGCUUGGUGGACACAGCGCUGGAGGGCAAAGCCAAAAGCCUCCUCCACGCGUGUUUCUCAAGUGUCUUCUGGCUGCCUGCAGAGAAGGAAAUGCCAAAAGCAGACCUUGCCCUCUAUAUGAAGACCCUGAACUCCAUGGACAGCAUGCUGAGGACAGUGGUGCUCAGCUUUCCUGCCUCUCGAGUCAGCGAGGAGCUGCAGGGCAUCUUGGAGCUGCUGCUGGACUUUACCAGAUGCGAGAGAGAGGCUGUGAGGGAGAGGGCCAUGGCAAGGAUCGAUGUGCUGACCCGUGUGCUGUCCGACUAUUCCACUCUGCAGGCCCAUGCCAACGUCGGAAGAGGCACUGCUGGACCUGUCUGCUCCGGGGAGAUCCAGCUCCCGCUCCUAGGAAAGCUGCUGGGGCGUCUCAUCCUUUUCCGGUUCUCCGAGGAACAGACAAGCUGUGCAGCUUUCCAUGCUCUUUUUGCCUUGGCUGAGUUCAUCUUCGAAUCCAGGCUAAAGGACAGAGCAGACCAAGUCCACCGGGAAGCCGUGACCACCUCCGUGCUGUGUUCUCUGAGCGCCAGGGACUGUGCCAAGACCUUUGGAAAAUACCUGCAGUCCCACGAGAGGACAGACGUCAUCCUUGUGGCCAUCGAGGCCAUGGGAGAUGCCAGCAUCCUCGACCAGCAGGUGCCCAGCAGCCUGCUGGAUGUGGCCUUGGAGGACCCGGACGUCUGGCUGACGGACGCGCCCAAGAUAGUCAGCAGCAUCCUUGAGAGCCUGCCAUACUGCAGCACACAGGCAGCGUGGGAGAGAGCGGAGUCACUGCUUCGCCUGAUGACCAACCUGUACCCCACCACAGUGGUCAUCCUCCUGUGCAAGGCGGCUCUUCAAGGAGACAGCACUGCGCCGGAGCUGUGGGAGCUGAUGUCCUCCAUGCCAGAGACGCUGGCCAAGAUCUUGGAGGACUUUGCCAACCUGCUGCACAGACAGUGCUUCCGCUGCUCCACAGAAGGCCCCCGCACCCAGCCCAUGGCUUCGUCCUCCAGGAAGGCUGAGUGGGAGGAGUUGGCUGAGGAGCCCGACGUCGAGAGCCACCAGGGCUGUCCAAACGUGAGGACGGCCAGGCUGCUGCUGGAAGGGCUCGUUGGGCUGUCGCAGAGAGCCGAGAUGGCCAGAAACAUUGAACUCUUCCUGCCGGCCAUGAUGAAGAUCCUGCAAGUUGGCAGCGAAGACGCCAAGAUGAAGAUCCUGCUGGCCUUGCGAAACGUUCUGCGUCAGCUGAAGAAGAGCAAGGCCAGCUUCAUCGCUGUGCAACUUGUGGGGAGGCUCCUACCCCUCUUUGACUCGGAGUGCAGCGAGCUGCGAGAGCUGUCCAUCCGCAUGCUCGCAGAGCUGCUGCAGUUGGUGGUCGGCAGGGAUGAGAAGAGGAUGAGGAAGGAGGUGUGGCGGGCACUGGUGCCUCUCCUCUUCCGCAUGAGCGACCAGGUCCCCAGCGUGGCCAAGGCCUCCAGGGAAGCCCUUCUUGCUGCCGCAGAGCUGCUGAAGUGGAAGACGCUCAAGCACCUGCUGCAGAGAGAGCGGCUGUGGGAGCUUGGAGCGUGCUUGCUGCAGAAGAGCAGGAGCAGGGCUGAAGACUUCAUCCACCAGAGCCUGCCCUACCUGCAGGACCCUCAGGCCAACGUGCGCCUGGCGGCCGUCAGGUUCAUCGGACUCAUCACACGGCGCCUGAGGGAGCAGACCACAGACAGUCAGGCUGACAUCCUGAGCGCACUUCAGCCCUUGGAGAAUGACUGGGACAUCUCUGUCAGCUCCCUGGCAGCUCGGACAACCUCCGUUCUGAGGAGUCCUUGCGUGCAGCAAAGACCAAGAGGCCUCCUGCGAGCACUGCGCUGCUGCUGGCCGUGAGCCCGGCAGAGGUGCAGCUUGCCUUGGCUAAAGGACUGGGGCUGAAUAAAGCUGCAACAACGUGCCCAAA